AAGUAUCAUGCAUUCACAUCUCAAUUUACUUUGUAGGAAUACCAGUGGAAAAUUUCCAAGCAUGGGUCUAACUAUACCAACCUGGAACAAUUGCAUAACAACAAUUAAUGAAAAUGACUUCAUUGAAAACUUGCACUGUACCGACAUGUACAAUAUCCUGAAUAUUCUCACUGUCAUCAUUGCCGUGGUUGGGCUGGCAGGAAAUGCCAUUGUGCUGUGGCUUCUGGGAUUCCAUAUGCACAGGAACGCCUUCUCUGUCUACGUCCUCAACCUUGCUGGGGCUGACUUCCUCCACCUUUGCUUUCAGACUCUGCAUUCCCUGCAUCGUGUCCUUUUAAUGUUCCAUAUCAGCUACUUCGAUGUUCCCAUCUCCCUCCUCAAUGUACUAAUCUUUGCUUACCUUGCAGGUCUGUGUAUGAUUGCAGCCAUCAGUGCUGAGCGUGCUCUGUCCGUUUUGUGGCCCAUCUGGUAUCACUGUCAACGACCAAGACACACAUCAUCUGUCAUGUGUGCCCUGUUUUGGGCCUUCUCUUUACUGUUAAGCCUCCUGUUAGGAGAGGCUUGUGGCUUACUGAUUAGAUAUGAAAUUUUUCACUGUAGGACUUAUAGUUUCAUCACUGCUGCAUUUGUAAUAGUAUUAUUUGUGGUUCUUUGUGGAUCCAGCCUGGCCUUGUUGGUCAGGAUCUUCUGUGGCUCACAGAGGAUUCCUGUAACCAGAUUGUAUGUGACCAUUGCAAUCACAGUGCUGGUCUUCUUACUCUUUGGUCUGCCCUUUGGUAUUUAUUGGUUCCUCUUAGAUUCCCUUGAGGAGUUGCAUGGAAUUUUUCCUUGCAAUGUUUUUGAAAUAACAACUUUACUAUCCUGUGUUAACAGCUGUGCCAACCCCAUCAUUUACUUCCUUGUUGGUUCCAUUAGGCACCGAAGGCUGCAACGGAAGACUCUGAAGAUUAUGUUGCAAAGAGCCAUGCAGGACACUCCUGAGGAGGAAAGUAGAGAAAGGCAUUCUUCAGGAAAUCCUGGAGAGCAGGAAACAGUCUGGUGUAGUAGUUAG